CCUCGCGGGGACCGUCCCGGAGCACGCGGUGGCCGAGUUCCCGCACAGUUCUAGCUGAUCAGUGCUCCCUGUGCCCUGGAAACCCGCUCUGCGUUCCUGCUGGAGGUGGCCGCCCCUCCGCCCCAGCCAAGAAGAGGCCCUCCCCAGGUCUCAGCGAGCCCUGAGAGGUAGCCCAGUCCAGAGCUCUUCCUCUGAUCCCGGUCCACUUCUCUAGGGCCAGUAGCAGACACCAGCCAGGAUGCCGAGGAACCAGGGCUUCUCUGAGCCCGAGUACUCGGCCGAGUACUCAGCCGAGUACUCCGUCAGCCUGCCCUCCGACCCUGACCGCGGGGUGGGCCGGACCCAUGAAAUCUCGGUCCGGAACUCGGGCUCCUGCCUGUGCCUGCCUCGCUUCAUGCGGCUGACCUUCGUGCCGGAGUCCUUGGAGAACCUCUACCAGACCUACUUCAAAAGGCAGCGCCACGAGACCCUGCUGGUGCUGGUGGUCUUUGCUGCCCUCUUUGACUGCUACGUGGUGGUCAUGUGUGCUGUGGUCUUCUCCAGCGACAAGCUGGCUCCCCUUGCCGUGGCUGGAAUUGGACUGCUGUUGGACAUCAUCCUCUUCGUGCUCUGCAAAAAGGGGCUGCUCCCGGACCGGGCCACCCGCAGAGUGGUGCCCUACCUGCUGUGGCUGCUCAUAACUGCCCAGAUCUUCUCCUACCUGGGCCUGAACUUCGCGCGUGCCCACGCGGCCAGUGACACCGUGGGCUGGCAGGUCUUCUUCGUCUUCUCCUUCUUCAUCACGCUGCCCCUCAGCCUCAGCCCCAUCGUGAUCAUCUCCGUGGUCUCCUGUGUGGUGCACACCUUGGUCCUGGGGGUCACUGUGGCCCAGCAGCAGCAGGAGGAGCUGAAGGGGAUGCAGCUGCUGCGCGAGAUCCUGGCCAACGUCUUCCUCUACCUGUGCGCCAUCGCCGUGGGCAUCAUGUCCUACUACAUGGCUGACCGCAAGCACCGCAAGGCCUUCCUGGAGGCCCGCCAGUCGCUGGAGGUGAAGAUGAACCUGGAAGAGCAGAGCCAGCAGCAGGAGAACCUCAUGCUUUCCAUCCUGCCCAAGCAUGUGGCUGACGAGAUGCUGAAAGACAUGAAGAAAGACGAGAGCCAGAAGGACCAGCAGCAGUUCAACACCAUGUACAUGUACCGCCAUGAGAACGUCAGCAUCCUCUUUGCCGACAUCGUGGGCUUUACCCAGCUGUCUUCUGCCUGCAGUGCCCAGGAGCUCGUGAAGCUGCUCAACGAGCUCUUUGCCCGCUUUGACAAGCUGGCAGCUAAAUACCACCAGCUGCGGAUUAAGAUCCUGGGCGACUGCUACUACUGCAUCUGCGGCCUGCCUGACUACCGGGAGGACCACGCCGUCUGCUCCAUCCUCAUGGGGCUCGCCAUGGUGGAGGCCAUCUCGUAUGUGCGGGAGAAGACCAAGACUGGGGUGGACAUGCGUGUGGGGGUGCACACGGGCACCGUGCUGGGGGGCGUCCUGGGCCAGAAGCGCUGGCAGUACGAUGUGUGGUCAACUGACGUCACUGUAGCCAACAAGAUGGAGGCCGGCGGCAUCCCUGGUGGAUCAAAGAUUGAAGAAAGAUUGUACUCCUGUGUCGUGGUUCCAACACUGAGGCUGAGAUGGGAGCGUGUGCACAUCUCCCAGAGCACCAUGGACUGCCUGAAAGGGGAGUUCGAUGUGGAACCAGGCGAUGGGGGCAGCCGCUGUGAUUACCUAGAAGAGAAGGGUAUUGAAACCUACCUCAUCAUUGCCUCCAAGCCAGAGGUGAAGAAAACAGCCACCCAGAAUGGCCUCAAUGGCUCGGCCCUGCCCAAUGGAGCACCAGCUUCCUCAAAGUCCAGCUCCCCUGCCCUCAUUGAGACCAAGGAGCCCAACGGGAGUGCCCACAGCAGCGGGUCCACAUCAGAGAAACCCGAGGAGCAGGAUGCCCAGGCCGACAACCCCUCAUUCCCCAACCCGCGCCGGAGGCUGCGCCUUCAGGACCUGGCUGACCGAGUGGUGGACGCCUCCGAAGACGAGCACGAGCUCAACCAGCUGCUCAACGAGGCCCUGCUGGAGCGAGAGUCUGCCCAAGUAGUAAAGAAGAGAAACACCUUCUUCCUGUCCAUGCGGUUCAUGGACCCCGAGAUGGAAACGCGCUACUCGGUGGAGAAGGAGAAGCAGAGUGGGGCUGCCUUCAGCUGCUCCUGCGUCGUCCUGCUCUGCACGGCUCUGGUCGAGAUACUCAUCGACCCCUGGCUAAUGACAAACUAUGUGACCUUCGUGGUGGGGGAGCUUCUGCUCCUCAUCCUGACCAUCUGCUCCCUGGCUGCCAUCUUUCCCAGGGCCUUUCCUAAGAAGCUUGUGGCCUUCUCGACUUGGAUUGACCGGACCCGCUGGGCCAGGAACACCUGGGCCAUGCUUGCCAUCUUCAUCCUGGUGAUGGCAAAUGUCGUGGACAUGCUCAGCUGUCUCCAGUACUACACAGGACCCAGCAACGCGACAGCAGGGAUGGAGACGAAGGGCGGCUGCCUGGAGAACCCCAAGUAUUACAACUACGUGGCCGUGCUGUCUCUCAUCGCCACCAUCAUGCUGGUGCAGGUCAGCCACAUGGUGAAGCUCACGCUUAUGCUGCUCGUCGCGGGCGCCGUGGCCGCCAUCAACCUCUACGCCUGGGGCCCCGUCUUCGAUGAAUACGACCACCGGCGUUUUCGGGAGCAUGACUUACCUAUGGUGACCUUAGAGAAGAUGCAGGGAUUCACCCCUGGGCUCAACGGCACUGACGGGCUGCCCCUGGUGCCUUCCAAGUACUCCAUGACGGUGAUGGUGUUCCUCAUGAUGCUGAGCUUCUACUACUUCUCCCGCCACGUAGAAAAACUGGCACGGACACUUUUCUUGUGGAAGAUUGAGGUCCACGACCAGAAGGAACGUGUCUAUGAGAUGCGACGCUGGAACGAGGCCUUGGUCACCAACAUGUUGCCUGAGCACGUGGCACGCCAUUUCCUGGGGUCCAAGAAGAGAGAUGAGGAGCUGUACAGCCAGACGUAUGAUGAGAUUGGAGUCAUGUUUGCCUCCCUGCCCAACUUUGCUGACUUCUACACAGAGGAGAGCAUCAACAAUGGCGGUAUCGAGUGUCUGCGUUUCCUCAAUGAAAUCAUCUCGGAUUUUGACUCUCUCCUGGACAAUCCCAAGUUCCGGGUGAUCACCAAGAUCAAAACCAUUGGCAGCACGUAUAUGGCAGCUUCAGGAGUCACCCCUGACGUCAACACUAAUGGCUUUGCCAGCUCCAACAAGGAGGACAAGUCUGAGAGAGAACGCUGGCAGCACCUGGCUGACCUGGCCGACUUUGCGCUGGCCAUGAAGGAUACGCUCACCAACAUCAACAAUCAGUCCUUCAAUAACUUCAUGCUGCGCAUAGGCAUGAACAAAGGCGGGGUUCUGGCUGGGGUCAUCGGAGCCCGGAAACCACACUACGACAUCUGGGGCAAUACGGUCAAUGUAGCCAGCAGGAUGGAGUCCACCGGGGUCAUGGGCAACAUCCAGGUGGUAGAAGAAACCCAAGUCAUCCUCCGAGAGUACGGCUUCCGCUUUGUGAGGCGAGGCCCCAUCUUUGUGAAGGGGAAGGGGGAGCUGCUGACCUUCUUCUUGAAGGGGCGGGACAAGCCAGCCGCCUUCCCCAACGGCCCCUCUGUCACACUGCCCCACCAGGUGGUAGACAACUCCUGAACAGCCUCGAGCCUGCAACAGUCCAAACCGGAAGGGAGAAUUUAUUUUUUGGAACUGAAGGAAGUCCUGGCCUUCCUGGAUUGAAGUGCACACUCGUGGACUUUAGGUUUAGAAAUCUCCUCAGCCUUCGUUUGUUCAUGGACGUGUGAACUCUGAGGGUGGCCCUGCUAUUCCUCCAUGUGCCUGUAGCGUCCCCAGCGCAGGGGUCUUAGGCGUAGGGCUGAACAGUCCUUCCAGAGCCCUCGUUCCAAUUCCUGCCAUUCUUGCCCCUGAGGGGCCCUGGCCACUGUGAGCAGGAGGGUGGCAGAGCUGGGACGAAGUGGCCUUUGCCAGUGGGCUGACUGGGACUGUGGAGGGAACACAGGUGGGGAAGCUCUGCUUCAGACAGGGCUUGGUGGGGCGGGACAUGGCUGGCAAACGUUUUGCUCCCAUUCUGAAGGUAGGUCAAGCAGGAUACCUGGUGGUCUCCAUGUGGUCCAAGUGAGGUGAGAUGGCCCUCGUCCUGGUGUUCCUCAUCAUCUUGAAAGGUUCUUCUGGAACCCCUGUCCCCUUAGUCAUGAGAGCAGAAAGUGCAAUAUUUCCUUUUACCUGGCAGGGGAGGGGGGGGUUUAUUUCUGAAAGAAAAAUAUAUAAACAGAUCUUCUACAUUUAUAUUUUUAAUCUUCUGUUAAAUACACUCCGACAUUGCCUUGCCUUUUGAGCUCUUGCUACAGUCGCCUUUGCUACUGCUUUAAGAGAAUUUACAGGUAUUGAUAAAGAACAAGACUGUUUUAUUAAAAGCUUUAUUCAACUUGAAA